AGAGACUUAAUUUCUCCAAACUAUUCUCCACUUUCACCCUUUCUCUCUCUAGAAAGGGAAACAAAAAGAACCCUUAGCGUAAACUCUGCAAACCGAACAACCCCAAAACUUUCAAUUCAAUUCAAUGGCUAACAGUAAUUUACCUCGAAGAAUUAUCAAGGAAACACAACGGCUUCUCAGCGAACCUGCGCCUGGGAUAAGUGCGUCGCCGUCAGAAGAAAAUAUGCGAUACUUUAAUGUCAUGAUUCUUGGCCCAACACAGUCUCCUUAUGAAGGAGGUGUCUUCAAGCUCGAACUCUUCUUGCCUGAAGAGUAUCCAAUGGCUGCUCCGAAGGUUCGGUUCCUCACCAAAAUCUACCAUCCGAACAUUGAUAAGCUUGGAAGAAUAUGUCUUGAUAUUCUCAAAGACAAGUGGAGUCCUGCUCUCCAGAUCCGUACUGUACUUUUGAGCAUUCAAGCACUUUUGAGUGCUCCGAAUCCAGAUGAUCCACUCUCCGAAAACAUUGCAAAGCACUGGAAGUCAAAUGAGGCUGAAGCUGUUGAAACGGCUAAGGAGUGGACACGCCUAUAUGCUAGUGGUGCGUGAAGACAUAGCAAGUGAAAUAUUCAAAAAUAACAAAAAUCAUGGAAUGUAUUCUAUUGACUGGUUUAUCAAUAUGACACUUUCGGAUGGCUGUUACUGGCUGAAACUCUUCCAAUGACCUCUCAUAAUUGCUUCCCCCUUGAAAUUGUAUAAUUGAAUGUGACACCCUUUGGUUUUCUAAUGUUCAGGAAUGUGAACUUGUUACAACAAAA